UUUAUGCUCAGCUCUAGAAAAUGGAUCAAAUUAAAAACUUUAUUAAACUAAGGUAACUAAAGUGUAAUUUACUCAUCGGCUUAAACGCUAUUUAAGAUGUACAAUAAGAAACAAAUAUUUUCCAAAACGCUAGAAUUUUUCUCCUUCUCUCUGUUCAUUCCCCCCAUCGAUAAUCACUGGCGCAAAUCGCCAAGGUUUGGCUUCAGAAAUCUCACCCUCUCUUAACUUUAUAAUUGGAUUUUUACAGUCGUAGGCUUCAAGCAUCAUUUGAGGUUUUUUAGGAGGAGUGGAAAUGUCAAAGUCUUGCAAGGGACUUGCAAUGGAACUGGUCAAGUGUCUCAGUGAGUCUGAUUGUAUUAAGAUUGAGAAUCGAUCAUAUAAAGAAUGUGCAGGAGAGAAGAGCCCUUCCAUACCAAGUGAGUGUGUGGGACUUAGGGAAACUUAUUUCAAUUGCAAGAGAGGCCAGGUUGACAUGAGAGCUAGAAUCCGAGGAAACAAGGGUUAUUAAGUUCAUGGGAAUGCUUGAAUGGACCCUUCCUGCAGGGUGGAACCUGGAUAAAGAAGAUGAUUGCUUUAGCUUUACCUUGCUCAUAG